CGUCCAAAAAAAAUGCUUUUUUUCUUUCUGAAAUGAACGAUAAAUUUAUAGCUUUGGAGCAAAGCGCUUCCAUCGCUGAACAAUUAUUACAAGAGUUCCUAAAAGACAACAUAAGCGAGCCAAGAACUGAAAAGUUGUUUUAUCAAGCUAUUGAAACAAGGAGCAAUCACUUUGGCGAUGCCCUGUUUCUUGAUCCCGUGUCUGUCAUCUCAAACACUAGUUCUUCUAAAGAAAAGUUUGAUCUUGAGCUAGCUGUGGAGAAAAUCAACCUUGCUUCCUUUGCGCAUAAAGCUUAUAAACUCGAAGAUUUAAAAACUUGCAUUAAUGCGUUUUUUGUGUCUGUAUCGUCCUCUGCCACUACAAGAGAUACGUUCGAGAAAGGGUUUUAUGGUACGCUUCGCCUGACUUUGUUGGGACAAACGCUUAGGGAAUGCAGUUCUUAUGACAAACCUUACAGCUUAAAAGAAGCGAUAUUAGACAGUUUCCCUUCAAAUCCCCGUCAAUAUUUCUUUGUGGAUGGUCAUACAGACAAUGACAAUAUUAUGAAAGGGUGCUUAAUGAUACAAGAAUCGCUGUUAAAAAGGAUCAAUGACAAUCUUGCAGAAAGAAUUGGUGACCCCAACGACUUGAAGCAAAUGUUGUUUGAUUAUGUCGACAUGCGAUAUACUGAAAUCCAAAAUGCAAAAUGGACAGCAAACAACUUAAUGGAACUCGAUGAAGACAUGUACGAUCCUGAGGAAGAAUUUGACGAGUUGAACGAGGAUACAGAUGAGGAUGAGCAGGAAAUGAGAAGAGCAAUCAUGCAGUCUACUCAGUCUUCAGUUAAAAAAACCAGCAAUAUAAAUUCUAAUGCUAGUCCUUUCAAACAUACCUCAAGAAAAGCACCUGUUCCUUGGACCCCAGAAGAAAUAGAUGCUCUUGAAAUGGGAUUAAUUCAGUACAAAAGCCGUAAAUGGUCUGAUAUUCUCAAAGCUUACCCUGUCUUGAAAAAUCGCGGGCAAGGACAAUUGAAAGACAAGGCUAGGUCAGAAAUCAAACGAAGAGAAAGGGAUGGUAUCGACCUCGGUGGUUUCUAUUAUGCCAAAAAUUGAAGAUUGUUAUGUGCUACAAAAAUAAAGGGCUAUGUUUUCACAAUAAACAGAAAAAUCGCAUAAGAAAAGUGUCAGUCAUUUCUGU